AUGCUGCGAAUAAGUCAGAAAAGACUUUAUUCAUUAUCGAAACCUCUUUUGGAGGCCGACAAGUCGGCUUUCUAUCGGUUAAUGAAUAAGUCAAAGAAGGCAUCGUCUUCAUCAAAUCAACCUUUUGGCAACAGCUCCCUCAUUUUUGAAACUAGAAGAAAAACGGACGCAGACAACCCAGAUAUCAAUAUAAUCUUUGGCUUUUCGGGUAAGAAUAAAUCUACAAAGUCAUCAAGAAGAGACGUUUCUUAUAGAGCAAUACAGAGAAACAUUGCGGGAGUCACUGUCCCGAAACAACCUAUAGAACCCGAUAACUGUUGCAUGAGCGGAUGUGCGAACUGUGUGUGGGAGCUUUACAACGAAGACUUACAGGAGUGGAAACAGAUUACUAAGCGCGCUGUAAAUAAUCUGAUGGCUCAGGGGGACAACAUCAAGGAGAAAUGGCCUGCUGAUUUCGAUCCUCCUCCAGCUUAUCUUCCAGAGAAAUAUAUUCCUGAUGAAUUAAAACAGAAUGGGAUCACACGCAAGAAAGAAGUUGAAAUGCCGCUUGGCUUACAAGUGUUUGCAGAUUUGGAAAAGAAACUAAAAUCCAAACGAAGCCAUCAGACUUCUCCAAUGGCAACGCAACAAGCAUGA